AUGAAGCCUAUCUAUGUAAUCUACAUGCAUUCUAUCUUACAAUUAGGUUAUAUCUGUGCUGCUGGACCGUUGGGAAUUUGGUCGAAGAAUAUCAAAGUAAAACCAGCUCCAAAAAAUGCCGAUUUACCUACAUUAGUUUCUCAUUAUGGCACACAAAGUGCGGCACACCAGAAGAAAUCAACACAGUGGUAUAGAUCGCCAAAAAAUAGGGAAGCUCAUCGAGUUGCAGCAGAAGGGCAUGCUGAUGCGAAAAAAUCACUUGUACAACAGAAGCCAAAUCCACAUCCCGCUCGGUACUAG